GGCAAUGUUAUUGUUCUGCUCAUGUAUCUGAGAUGCCGCACGCUGCGUACUCCAGGGAAUAUCCUGGUGGCGAACCUGGCGCUUAGCGACUUCCUGAUGCUCGCCAAGACUCCGAUAUUCAUCUUCAACUCGUUUAAUUUGGGACCAGCUUUGGGGAAAACUGGCUGUGUGAUCUACGGGUUCGUGGGAGGAUUGACCGGUACAACAUCUAUCGCCACAUUAUCAGCUAUCGCACUAGACAGAUAUUGGGCAGUAGUACGACCACUGGAACCUUUGCGAGCACUGACAGCAAUACGAGCUCGUUUGCUAGCCAUCGGUGCCUGGCUUUACGCGUGUCUCUUUGCCAUAAUCCCAGCUCUAAACAUAGGCUACGGCCGCUAUGUUCCUGAGGGCUACCUAACCAGUUGCAGCUUCGAUUAUCUCACAGAAGACUUCUCGCCACGUUGUUUCAUCUUCGUAUUCUUCUGCGCAGCGUGGCUCGCCCCCUUCUGUACCAUAUCCUUCUGUUAUAUCAGCAUCUUCCGCGUCGUGGUCUGCAACAGAAACAUGACAUACAACAAUCAAGAACAAAGAGUUUCAUCAAGACAUGUGAAGGAGCGAACGAAGCGUAAAGCGGAGAUCAAAUUAGCGUUCCUUGUCAUGGCUGUUAUUGCACUUUUUUUCAUAUCAUGGACCCCGUACGCUGUCGUCGCGUUAUUGGGAAUAACGGGCAAAAAACAUUUAAUCACUCCAAUAACUUCGAUGAUUCCUGCACUAUUUUGUAAGACGGCCGCAUGUAUAAACCCUUUUAUUUACAUAAUAACGCAUCCAAAGUUUCGCAAGGAGUUUAAGAAGAUGUUGUUCAGGGAUAAAUCUCGAAGGAUGAGUGGUACGCUUAGAACGAUAGGGUACACUACUGACACUACAAAGAUACAUAGGCCGAGCAAAGAUCUGAGUGACACUGAUGUCGAAGUAGUAGAAAUGAAGGAUAUACCAUAUCAGACGGAGAAGGUCGAUGUCAAGGUAAAGACUAUAUCGUCGAAGAUAGCAGAACGUCAGGACUCGCAGACGAGUAUCAGCAUGAAGAGUUUGGAAGAGACUAUAGUUACUCCACCCUCUUGGUACACGAAACCGCAAUUCGCGAAGAAGAGAAGUUUCCACCGGCAUUCGACACGUAGCGUUGUAUCACAAAACACAGAUCCCACUGCAUAGAAGGCUAUUAUGUUAAAUUUGUUACAUUUCAACCUUUUUUCUCCGUAAACUGUUUGGAUUUGUAUGUGACUGAUGUUUGUAAUGCAUGUCACUCAGAACAAGGGUUCGUAAAUUAUGUGUGAAAUGUAAUUUCCUUGAACAAUAGUUUUUAAAGAACAGUUUAAAUAAAUAAUAGUUUAAAAAAACUAAAAAGCCACCAAAUAAUUUAAACUCUGUGUCUUUCAGUUCUGAUUAUUUUUAGCGGGUGUUUUUUUUUGUCUUUGUUAAACUAUUAUUUAUUUUUCAUUGUUUAGUUGUCAUCGGUCUCCACUCAGUCUACAAAGUUUGAAUUAAAUCUGACCGUUAGAAGUGGCUCAAAAUCGAGUCCAAAGGAGUUGGUUACAAACAAACAAACAGACAUACAGAUGAAGCGAAUAAAGGCGUCAUGAAAAUAACUAAUUUACGUAUUACGAAAGACACUAGAACGUAAAAUUUAAGAAAUAUCCUCUUCGAUAAAAAAACUUUUAAAUCUCAAUGUUCGUGCAUUAGGAUAUAUGAAUAUUUAUAUAAUAACGAUACAGGAAUAUCCCAGUGAUAUAUAAAGCUAUUAAAUAUAUACUUAUUUAUCUUUCGCAACCUUUCUCAUUCCAUUAAAUGUCAUAAUUCUGUUUUUUCUGCUGUCAUUCCCAAUAUAGAAUAAACCCACAAAUUAACAUAAACUAUUCAUAGUUGUUCCCCAUUUAACCCCAUUUACACGGUCUCUACAACCCUUACAUCUUUUUUCUAUUUUCUAUCAGAUAUAUUGGAUUAUUUUUGCCGCUAAAAGGAAGCAUGACCUUUUUUUGUCUAACUGUCAAAAUCAUUUUUUCCAUGGCAACUCUUCAGACUAUUUGUAAAGGAAGUAAUGCUAGUAUCUGAUACUAUUUCACUCUAAUACUAUUGAGACGUACGAAACACUAAAGAGUUUGUAUGAAGGUAGUUUUGAACAACAUCAGAUACCGGAAACUCUGACGAAUUUAAAGAAUCUUCAAUUACUAGUACAAGCAAAUCUUUAAACACCUUGUUUAGUUUCCAUUCCAAAAUUUCUAAGAAUAUCUCUACACCCCGCGGACUGCUAGCUAUGUGAUAGGCUUUAUUUCAGUAGAGCACAUAUUCUCAUACUCUUUGAUUGUUCGUUAGUCACCAAAGAUAUAAAAUUAUUUUAAUAUCGCCAACCACUUUGCAUGAGUUCCGGUGAAAUAGAGAAGGCCAAAAAUAUAUGGAAAACAAAAGACGACGAAUAAAGGCUAGAGAACCUUAGACUUCUACCACCGUACAGGCCACUGGUUUCUCGGAACUUGUGGAAAGGAGGUUCCUCUUAAUAUUACUUGUAGAUAUGUUUGUAGAUAUUUAGCGUAAAUAGAAUGUAAGUUAUAGAAAGAUAUUUUAAAUAUGUAUAUGAAUGUUAUUAAUAAAAAUCUUCUGUCGGUUC